AUGAGUGCGCCAGCACCCUCGUCGCGCUGCCCCUCCUCACGCCUCCACUCCCGCUGCCCUUCUCCCACCUGCCCAUACCUUGCCCUCGCUUCCCUGCACUUUCAUUCCCACGUGUUACCUUCCCCUUAUUUUUGCCUUUGCUUCCCCUCAUUCCCUUCCCCUCAUUUCCCCCUCUCCUUCCCCUCCCCUUCUUCCCCUCAUUUCUCCGCCUGCUUCCCCUCAUUCUUCUCUCUGCUUCCCCUCAUUUACUCCCCUGCUUCCUCUCGUUUUCCCCUCUGCUUCCCCUAUUUCCCCCCUGAUUUCCCAAAUUUUUACCCUCUUGCUUCCCCUCGUUUCCUGCUCUACUUCCCUUCAUUCCUCCCUUUGCUUCCCUUUCUCCUCGUUCCCCUCAUUUACCCCGCUGCUUCCCCUCGUUUCCCCGUAUGCUCUCAUUCUCUGCCUUUCCUCAUUAUCCCUCCUGCUUCCCCUCAUUUCCCUCCCUGCUUCACCCCAUUUUUCUCCCUGCUUUCCAUGAUUUCCCCCUCUGUUUCACCUCGUUUCCCUCCCUGGUUCCCCUCGUUUCCCCCUCUUCCUCCCCUUGUUACAACUUCCUAUCUCUCGCUUUCCCUCUCCCGCUCUUCCCUAUCUCCCGCUCUUCCCUAUCUCCCCUCUUCCCUAUCUCCCCUCUUCCCUAUCUCCCCUCUUCCCUAUCUCCCCUCUUCCCUAUCUCCCCUCUUCCCUAUCUCCCCUCUUCCCUAUCUCCCCUCUUCCCUAUCCUCCCUCUUCCCUAUGCUCCCUCUUCCUAUGGUAUUUUCUUCUUUCCCUCUCACUCUCUUCCUGUCUCCUCCUUCCCUUUCCUCCCCUCUUCCUAUCCCCUUUCCCAUCGUCUUAUCUCCCCCUUUCUCUUCCCCCCUGCUUCACCCUCUUCCCUGUCUCCCCUAUCUCCACUCUUCUAAUCUCUAUCUGUUUGACCUUUUUCUUGUUCCCCCUCCCAAUCCCUUGUAUUCUCUCCCUCCCCCUGGCUACUGCAGUAACUACACUGAAGAUUUUUCUGGUACUUCAACCCAUCAUCCCAUCCCAUGCUCGUAG